UCCAAGUCCACCACACCGGACGAGGUGCGCCCGCCCCCAUUUCUAUAUCCCUUUUCUAUUCCCCUCCCCCCGCCGCUGAAAACAAGAACGGAACGCGCGCGCGCGGGAGGGAGAGAGAAUCUCGCGCCAUUAAUUUCCCGGGCCUCGGCUUUGUUUUCUCUCCCGUCGCCAUCGAUCGAUCGCCAGCCGCGCGCACGCGCGCGCGAGUACCGAGGGCCGGCUGGCUCGCUCGCUCGCUCGCUACAGCGCUCUCGGUUCCGUCGUCUCGUUCCGUUAAUGCUUGCGCGCGCCCGAUUACUAACCGCGGCCCGCCCUUGUUCUUCCGAUGCAGCGGCGGCAGCGGCAUUGGUUGAACUCGCCAUCGACGUCGGAGGAGGGGGGCGCCGCCGGCAUGCGCCCGCGAGGCCAGGAUCCGUCCGCCGGGGCCGUCGGGAUCUGAUCCAGCCCGUCCCGCCGCCGCGACCCUCUCCGUCUCCGGCCGCUCGCUCGCGGCUGCAGCAGCAGGAGAGGAGGAGGAGGACGAGGAGGAGGAGAUAGAGACGGAAGCCACCCCGACCACCUAGCUAGGGUUUGCUUCACCUCCCUCUCGCGCUCCUUCACGUCCUCGAGGAAGAAGGAGGAGGAUGUCGUCGUCGAACUCGCCGUGCGCGGCGUGCAAGCUGCUGAGGCGGAAGUGCACGCAGGGGUGCGUGUUCGCGCCCUACUUCCCGCCGGACCAGCCGGCCAAGUUCGCCAACGUGCACAAGGUGUUCGGCGCCAGCAACGUCUCCAAGCUGCUCAACGAGCUCCCCGUGGUGCAGCGGGAGGACGCCGUCAACUCGCUGGCCUACGAGGCCGAGGCGCGCCUCCGCGACCCCGUCUACGGAUGCGUCGCCUACAUCUCCGUCCUCCAGCUCAAGAUCAAGCAGGUGCGCGAGGAGAUCGCCAACGCGCGCAAGGAGCUCUCCGGCUACAUCGGCCAGGCCGCCUACGCGCCCAUCGUCCCCGUGCAGCACCCUCACGCCGCCGCCGCUGCCGCCGCGCAGUACGCAGCCAUGGGCCUCGUCCAGCCCCACCCGCACCAGCACCAGCACCAGCAGAUGGCGAUGCAGCAGCAGCCGUACCACCAGCAGAUCGCCGAGGCGCAGCACUUGGCGGCCGCGGUCGAGGUGGCGCGUUCCGGGGGGCAGGGGCAGCACCACCAGCAGCACCACCACCACCACCAGCAGCAGCAGCACCACCACCACCAGCACCAGCAGCACGAGAUGAUGAUGAUGCGCCAGACCUACGGCAACGUUCACGGUGCCGCCGCAGGGCCAACGAUAGCCGUCGACCCUCCCACCCAGGGCGCCGCCUACGACGGAACGGCCCCGUUCCUCAUCCAGCAGCAGCAACCGUCGCCUUCCGCCCUGACCUACCGCAUGGAGGAGCCGUCCCCGCCGCCGCAGUCCUCGGGCCACUCCCACGUCGACAUGUCCCGCGCGCCGCAGCAGCAUCAUCAGCACACGGACGGCAGCGACGAGGGGAGCGGGGGCGCCCCGCCGUCCUGAUGGCCAUGCUCCCGCGCGCCUCCUUCGCCGUGUGUGUCGAUAUUUUCCUCCUAGCUUUCUCUUUUCACGGUUUUCUUUCAUCUUUCAUUCGUUGGGCACGAGUCUUUUUGUCUUCUUGAUCAUAUGAUAUCGAACUGGCAUCUCGCCAUGGCUCCCCGGAAAGCAUAUUCAUGGCUCCUGGAGGCGGACAAGCUGGUGAUCUUGCUCAAGGCUCUUCAUCAGCUGCCUUUAUCCCUCACAAGAGUGACAGCCAAAUAAAUGCAGACCAGAAACAGAGGUGGCAAAGAGAAACUUAUGAAGGGAGGUGCAGAUGGAGACAGUGAAACAUGCAUGCAAGGUGUGCGUGCAAAGGGGAGCAGAUAGUGAAGCAAGCAGCAUGCAUGCAGCUGGGGCACUGUCAGGGCAGAAUUAGCAGCCAGAAAGCAUUAAAAAAAAUACUUCUCGACUAGUACUAUAGUGGCUACAUACAUACAUAUAUUUCUUCUCUUCCGGGUUUGUUUCUGUUGACAAAGUUCAAUACUAUAGCAUGCUGUUUCGUUUUGCGCUUUGGUUUUUUGCUUGUUUCGUUUGGUCUAGGAUAUAUUCUUUUGAGUGGUAUAAACAUUUGUUUAGAGACCAUUGUCUGAGAUAAAGAGUGGGAUCAGUUAGCCGUUUUUCUCUUA